AUGCUUUUUGUACCGAAUAUGAUCGUUGUUGUGACCAAUGGAAAGAAUGCAGGUAAGAAAGCCGUUGUGAUAAAACAGCUCGAUGAGAGAUGUGUUCUGACUGCGUGUGUUGUCCGGGUUCCUAAGGAAUCAGAGGACCACCAGCCUAAGUGGAUCCAACGUAGAAAUGCCAAGUUCUACAUCAUACUCAAGAAGUAUAACAUCAGCCAUCUCAUCGCCACAAGAUACAAGGCAGAUCUGGGAUUGGCUGCAAUCGACUACAACGGAAUUGAGGAGAAUGCCGAAACUAAGAAAGUGCUUACAGAUAAGACCAAAGACGCCAUGAUGAAAACGUGGAAGGAAGGCAAGGCAAAAUUCCUUUUUUCUUCUCUUAGCUUUUGA